AUGUCGCAGUCAGAUAUAACUCGAUUUUUUGAAUCUUUUAACGAUCCAAAUGCUGAAAUCCAACAUCAACCUUCUGUUAGUGGUGAUACUGUGAUCAAUACUGAUUCACAAACAAAAAAAUCUCCUUUAUGCAAAGCAAAAGAUCAAAACUCGAAUGCCGGUGGCCCGAUUCGUAACACUCGGAAAAAAGAUCAAAUUUCACCAAUCACUCAACGUAUUAGAAAAGCUGCUACUUUUCAAGACUCUUGGAAAUCAAAGUUCCCUUGGUUAAGAAUAGAAGAGCGUGAUCCUCCUAAUGGGAGUGAUUCUUCAGCUUCUCGUCAAAUUGUCAUGUUUUGUAGUAUUUGCGAAAAAAUUAAGAUUAAAACCACUCUAUGGUCUACAACCGGGUGUACUAUGUAUAAGGCUGAUUAUCUUAGGCGUCACGAGGCCUCAAAAGAACAUUCCAUGUCAAAAGAGGCCUCUUUAGAUCCUUUACCAACUGAAAAAUCUGCUAUUAGUUCAUCCUGUGAUAAUUUAUCAAAAGGAAAUAUUAUAACUCAAUUAAGAAAUACUUUCUUUCUUUCUCAACAUAAUUUUACUCUUAAUAUUCUUAAUGACUUUACCAAUUUCAUAACUUUUCAAUCACAAAAUCAAAAUGAUACUAAUAACAACAAUUCCAAUAAAGAACUUUUAAUCCUUCGUCCCCCUAGAUUACCUUCUAAAAAUAAAAUUUCUCUCAGAGAUCUUUCUAUAUCGAACAAUUACCUUACUUAUCCAAGUAGAUCUACUAAUCACGAAUUUCUCGAGAUUAAUGCUAAAAUUGUCGAAAAAGCUGUUAUCAAUGAAAUAAAUAAAUCUUUAUGUUGGAGUCUUUUGAUUGAUGAAAGUGAUACAAAAUCUUCUACUUCUGAAAAGAUUUUGACUCUGGCUUCUAAACAUGUCGUUGAUGAUUUACCGGUUUUAAGAUUCUUGGGUCUAUUAAAAGUUUCUAAUACUUCCGCCGAGUCUCUUUUAGUUGCUAUUGAUAAUUUUAUCUCACAAAAAGGUUUAAAUGCUUCUACUUUAUUACAUUUUGGUAGCGUUGGAUCUUCUAAUGUUUCUGAUGAUGCAACAAAAGAUAUUCCAUAUUUUCAAACGUAUAAAGACAUAGUUAAAGGUAUUUACACUUAUUUCUCUGAUUCUUACAGAAGGAUGUAUGAAUUAAGAGACGUUGAAGAGAAUAUAGACAAUCCUGAUUUGUUCAUAUUGAACAAAAAAGAAUCAAGUUGGCUUUCUUGGGCUCAAGUCAUUCAAAACUUUCAUGUGAUUAUUGAUGAUGUUUAUACUGAGUUAGAAUCUCAAUCGGGUGUCUCUAGUAUGGCUAAAUUUUUAUAUAAUUCAGUUGAUACUGAAUUCUAUAUAGUUACAAAAUUUUUGGCUGAUAUUAUGGAAACUUUAAUGUCAAUGAUUAACGUGUUUCAAAGUGAUUAUGUUUCAUUAAGUGAAACUAGGAAACAAUUGAAUAUGGUUAUAGAAACCAUCACUACAAAUUUUAUUGGUACUGAAUUUUCGACUCCUAAUUAUGGAAUCGUUGUCCAAUUUUCAUUAAACAUUAUUCAAAGUUUGCGAAAUCAUUUUCCAACUUCACAUCUAUAUCAUGCUAUGCGUAUUCUUGAUCCAUCCGAAUCUCCUGAUGAUCAAGAAUCUUUAAGAACUUAUGGUGACUCUGAUGUAAAAUUUCUUGCUGAUUUUUAUGGAAUCUCUAAACCCAUUACUCUUAACAAUACAUAUCAUCCUCCGAUUAUUGAUAAUAAAGGAGUGAUAAGAGAAUGGCAAAUGGCAAAAUAUUUAAUUCAUGGUUACCGAAAUUAUUCAUUUAUGGAGGCUUGGAAAAAAAUUUGGGUUCAGAAUUUUCAAUUUAGGAAUCAAUUUCCUCAAUUAACAAAAUUGAUAGAAAUUGCUCUUACUAUGCCAAUUUCUAAUGGUACUGUAGAACGUGUAUUUUCUCGUCAAAAUUUGAUAAGAGAUGAAAUGAAUCCUGAUAUUCUUAGUUAUUAUUUACAUUUAUCCCUUAAUGCUCCUGAAUCUUGGGAGUCUUUUGAUUAUGAAAAAGCUUAUGAGUAUUGGAUUGGGCUUUCUAAAGCUAAUAA